CGUAGAUCCUGAGUUCAGGUGGAUCCAGUGAAUGUGUCUCUGCUGCUCUGACCCCGUGAUGUGGAGGAAGGAGGCGGGUUCAGCUCAGUAAAACCAGCUGAGCUGAAGCUUCAGAUCAGUCAGAGCUACGAUGAGACCAACAUGUCUACCAGCUUCACUCUUUUUGACCUUCAUGCUGAGUUGUGCAGAGGUUAAAGUCCUCCCAGUUCGUCUGACUGUGAGUCCCAGCAGAUCUCAGUUCUUUAGAGGAGAAUCAGUGACUCUGAUCUGUGAGGAUGAAAACAGCUCUGAUGGAGGAACUGUGAGGAGAAACACAACCAGGAAACUGUCUGAGUGUAAAGAUGGAUGGGGAGAAGCUGAUGGUUCCUCCUGUAACAUGACCUACAUCAUGCCAGAUGAUACUGGCCUGUACUGGUGUGAGUCCAUGUCUGGAUCCUCCAGCAGCAGCAGCAGCAGCAGCAGCAUCCAGCUCUCUGUCUCUGGUGGAUCAGUGAUCCUGCAGAGUCCUGUCCUCCCUGUGAUGGAGGGAGAUGACGUCACUCUGAGCUGCAGAGCAAAGAGUCCAGCCCACAACCUCCCAGCUGCUUUCUAUAAAGAUGGCUCCUUCAUUGGUAAUGGACCAUCAGGUCACAUGACCCUCCUCCAUGUCUCCAGCUCUGAUGAAGGCCUCUAUAAGUGCAGCAUCAGCGGUCAGGGAGAGUCUCCAUCCAGCAGGAUCUCUGUGGAAGAAAAACCAUCAACCACAUCAUCCCCAUCAUCUCCUCCUCCUCCAUCAUCAUCAUCAUCAUCUUCAUCUUCCUCCCAGUUUCUCCUCUAUGGUCUCUCGUCUCUAUCAGCUGGUUUUGUUCUGGUUUUACUGGUUCUGCUGGUCAAACGUCACAUUAAGAGGAAAUCUAAAGAUAAUCAGGAAGAUGGAGAGGAAAGCAUCACUUACAGUGAUGUUCAAAUAUUACAGAGGAAACGAGAGAAGAACAAACCAAACGGAGAAAACGAUCCGCCUGCAGUCAUUUCCACCGUGACGACAGAUGAAGUCAGUUAUGGACAGAUAAUCAUCAGAGAAACCAGGAAAAGAGAUUACAAACCAGAACCAAAAGUUGUUUAUUCCACCCUGAGGUAAUCCUCCAGCAGGAAGCUCCACCGGUCUAGUUAAAGCACAGAACCAUCAACUCCUGGUGAAUAAGUUUUUCUGUCUGAAGAACCAAAUGAAUGUAUUUAAUGUUUCAUUCUCAUGUUUCCAGUCACUGUUUUAUUUUAAAUGUCUGAACUGUUAAAACCUCAGCAGCUUCAGCCUGUUGAACCAGUUUAACAAGUUUAACCAGUUUAACAAGUUUAACCAGUUUAACCAGUUUAACCUGUGAAACCUGCGGUUCUGCAGCUUGUUGCUAACAAACAUCAUGUUCCUGUUUCUGUCUGCGGCUCGGCAGUGGAAACUUUUAUUUACAGCAGCAGGUGAGAAAAACUAAACCAAAACCGCAGAACAAACCUGUUAAAACAAACAAAAUCCCUGAGUGUGUGAAACCAAAGCAGAACCUUCAGGAUGUUUAUUGAUUAUAUAUAAAGAAAAUCUGCAAUAAACUGCAGUUAAUGUUAAAUCAGAACACCAGUAUUAGCUAAAUGCUAUGUGAGGUUUAUUCCUGUCAUAAUGAAGUCCAGUUGGUUCGGUUGGUUCUGGUUUCUCAUUCAGACCAAAGUUCAGCCAUCAGAGGAUUUAAACUGAAGAUAAUCUGCAGGUUGGUGACAUCAUCAGCUCUGCAGAUGCUAAAACAUGCUAACCUGAAUCAUGCUAAACUGAUUCAGGUUUAAUUUACUGAUUAAUUCUGAUUCGACGAGCUGAAGUUCUUCACUUUUAUUCUGCUUGUUUUAAUUUGAUAUAUUAAAGUUUUUUGAAAAUGUAUUUUUACUAUAAAUGUGUGAAAUGUCCCUUUAAAAUAAGCAAUUGUAAAUCAAUAAUCACAAAAUGCAGCUGCUGAAAAAUGAUCCAAACUUUUUUUUGAACAAUUUCAUGUUUCAUUAUUACAUAAUAAUUAAGUGGAAGGAAAAUUAUGGAUUUGAAAAUGUUUUUAUAAAUAAAUAAUCUGAAAAGUGUGGCAUGCAUCUGUAUCCAGCUUUUUUACCUGAAUAAAAUGCAGUCCAAACAGCA